AGAGAGUAAUGCGCAUGCGGGCGUGUCUCCCGGGACUCUAGAGCAGGCGAGCCCCCGGCACUUUCGGUAGGUUUGGCUUGCGCGGGUUUUUGCAGAUCUGGGGCGAGCUUGCACGUCGUAUCGCCGGUGCAUCUCUCCUUGCUUGCUUACGUUGCCACCACUUAGGCCUCUAUUGCAGAAAUCGCCAUACGCUCUUAAGGGCCGCAGAAUCGGGAAGACCUUGCUGACUGAUUGGCACACUCUUGGCCGAUCUACGUGCACAAGUUGGACGGAGACGUGUAGAUUUCAUUUUCCCCAGCUUUACAGCUUCUCUUUGGCCCUCGGGCCAGGUUAGCUUCUCAGGACAAGCCUCCCCAGCCUCGACCCGGAAGCUGAGGGGCAAAAACUCAGAAAAGCAAUUACUCCUCCCUGGUGAGGCUUCUGGAGGAGCAUUAAUAGCGACAUGAUUCCACUUGCAGCCCUAUAGAGAUUGGUUUCUCUGCCUUCCCUAACAGCCGUGGUCUUAACGUUCCUGUGUUAAGUGCCAGAAUGAGUGACCGCUAUCUAGAACAAAGGAUUAGUAUCAAAUUUUGCGUGAAAUUGAACAAGUCUGCAAGUGAGACCCACCACCUUUUAAAAGAAGCUUAUGGGGAUGAAGUCAUGUCCAGGGCCAGAGUUUUCGACUGGCACAAAAGGUUUAAAGAAGGGCGGGAAGACGUUCGAGAUGACGCCCGAAGUGGCCGUCCAGUCACCCACCGGACGGAUGAAAAUAUUCAGAAGGUCAAGGACUUGGUUUGUUCAAACAGGCGGUUGACAGUGAGGAUGAUGGCCGAAGAGUUAAAUUUAGAUAAAGAAACUGUUAGACUCAUUCUGAAAGAAAACUUGAAUAUGAGAAAAGUUUCUGCAAAAGUCCUAUCAGGUAUUUUGAAGGAUGAACCUCAGCCUGGGAAACUUGACUUUCGGUCUGAUCUUUCAAAGGAAACUAGGAAAAAUAGCUCGUGUGUAAGGAAAAAGAUAACAAGUUCUGAAACAUGGACUCAUCUCCAGUGUGAAGCUGGCGGGGAGAUACCUCUGCCUGUAUCUCAUCCCCAGAACCACUUCCCUGCCAGCCAGCUUCUGCAUGCUUCAUCAUCAACAAGCCUUCCCACCAGAGCAGCUCAGGACUGGUUCACACCAUGGUGAAAGGAAUGCGAGGUGGCCAAGCCUGAGGUAGAAAGCUGCCUCACAGUUGGGCACCUUCCUUUGCUGCCCCUCCAUUUUCAGUCUUUACCAUUCCUUCCCCCAUGUCACAGCCCUCCCAGUUACUCUUGCUGGAAUGCUGGGCCAUCCUCCAGUUUUGAAGAACUUCUGGCUGUUGACUGCUGGUACUUGUUUGUUCUUGAAUUCUUUUGCUUAACAAGUUUGGAUCUCCUUGCUGCCCAGACCUUAGCUUGUGGCUAUCCUGUUCCCGUGUUCUCAACAUCCUGACUCAGGGGUUCAUACCAUUGAAAGGUGGGAACAUGACCCCCUGGAGUCUUUCUGUGCCCAAGAAGGCAUAUUCUUCUGGGAAGACCCCAAAAGAAGGCCUACAGUUCCAGCCUGCUUCCCAGGCAGGACCUGAGGUACGGUACAGAAGGCUGUGGCACGCCGACCUAGUGAGCAAUGCUAAGGGCAUAUCCAGCCCAAAUGACUCAGUAGGAACCCCUCGGUAUUGAGGGGUUGGCCACCCAUACUAAUCUCACAGACCUGACUCUCACAGAAGAGCUGGAUUUGUUUCAUUAGUCCCAUGCUUUGCACCAUGCUGGAAAAAGGAGGAUUUGGUCCUAGAAAAUAAAAGUGAGGAGACUCAGGCCCAGGCUGUGAUGUGUGAGGAGGAAGACAAGAGGAUACUCUAGACCUUGAAUGAAGGGCGUCUGCUGCUCAUGUGCUGAUUCCCACACAGCUAUAACUAAUACCAACACUGUCGGGUGUUUUUUGAGCACGUGCAGUUUUUAAAACACUGCUGGGCAUUGAAAGUGUGAAGUUAUAAAACACGGUCACCACAAGGUGGGUGGACUUCCAGAUGAGAUGAUUCCUGAACUGGAUCCAUAAGGAAGGGUGAGACAGGAGGCUAGGAAAUUAGGGGAAGCUUCCCAAGCAGGUGAAACAGCAUGAGGCUUCAAACCUGCAUCAGUAUGAAAAUGAUGGCGCUCUUGGCUGAAAUAGCAAAGUCUGGAGGAAGAUGAUAGUGUUGCAGAAGAUGAACAAUUUGGGAUAAUUUGCUUCCCUUCCUCUGCCCCAACUAUGCCAUUGUUUUAUAAAUUGCUUCCCCUGAGUCUGUGGCUAGGUUUAUAAUAAUUCACUUAUUUGAUUAUCUAAUUUUUCCAUCAGACCCCCCCCAACGCCAAAAAAAAAAAAAAAAAAAAAAAGCGUUCUCUGCAAGUUCGAACUCCUUUAUCUCUUUCUGCCUCUCUGCCAGGAUUUAUGCAGUGGAACUUUUCCCAAGUGGAUUCCAAGUAAUACCACAUAGACUGGAGACAUCUCAGAAAUGCCUGAUGGAGAUGCAGUGGAAGAUGGUUAGAAACAGCAUUUCACAGGAAUAGCCAAUGUCUAUUUUACCCAAGGGUUUUCACAUGCAAAGCUCCUAUUAUUGAACUAGUAGAUUAGUAAACCAUAUUGGUUGAGAGAAGUCCGGCACUUAAUUAUUCAACACAGUUAUUUUUAGUUCUGUUCUUUCACUAUCUCUGUCCCCUUCAAAAAAUGGCAUGUUCCCAACUAACACCUGUCAGUUUUGAGGCACCCUUAAACCUACACCUUAUGCAACAAAUAAAAGAUCUUGUGCAAGAAAAAUCUUAAACCAAACAACAGCUCAUAGACUUCUACCUACUUAGCGAUUUGUAGACUUUCUGUUUCAGGACGUCAUCUGACGUCUUCCACAUCAGAAGAGGUUCUGGGUUCCCCACAAGCACUUGCCACCAGGAACACUGCACUUCUGGAACAAAGGCCCCGUACCUGGCUGUUGCAAUUUUGGGGCUGAACCUCAUUAAUCCUUGCUAGGUUCAGUGGUAAUUAUUGGAGAAUUGGAUGCUUGCUCCUCGGCCAGGGCCAGGAUCCUACAACAGUAUCUCUAGGCAACAUCUCCAACCUGAGAGAACUUAUUUCUGGACUCAUUCCUGUUCUGUAAACAGGGCUGGCAUGAGCCUUCCAAAGAUGCUGGACCAAGACCAUGCUGGAGCAUAGGGUACCACAAGCAAUGGUGGCUCAGACAGGGUUUGGACACAGCUACUGGAAGCAGGCUGAUCUCCGUCCCCAUCCGCAUUCUGGUUCAAAAUCCACAUGGAAUGUUACAUUCCACAACUAGAAGUCCACGAGAAUAGACACCUUCCAGGGCAGAUCAUCCCAUCAGUGAUUUUAUCUAAUUCUUCCUCUGCCCCUCACACCACACUAUUUUACUUCCACCUGUCCCACUGGUAAUGAAAAAAAAAAAACCGGAAAGAAUUAAAUAUUCACCAAUCUUUGAUUUUAAAAAACAUGUGGAUAGUUCUGUAAUCUUCUGAAUUCUGCCCCUGGUUCUGAAUCCUCAAUGAAAUGUUAUUAUUUUAGGAAGAAUGUGUACCUGGCACCUGCUUUCCAGAGACUUCCUUUCAAAUCCAUUUCUUAGAAUUCAGAUUUGCCAGUGAACAUGCCUUGAUAAAUGUGGGUGCCAAAUGACUUGAGGCUAUCUAGUAAGGACGGCGAUACCCUUGGGGAACUGUCUCUACAUCACAUGCACUGCUCAGCCAGCCUGCUAUUUGCAGACCACUUCACCUCUAGGUCCUUGGGAUUGGGUCUCACCAGGGUCUCACGUGGCUCAAUUAGCAAGAGGUUCCUUUGCUGCUGGAACUGUAUAUGUAACCCUGUGUUCUCCAACUGCUUCUUGGUUAGAUCAGACCUCUCAGAUUUUACCAGGCUUUACACACUAUCCAAGGCAGCCCUCGUGUAUUUGUCUUCUCUAGUCUGCCGUAUCAGAUCCUUGCAAACACUUACCGGUUGCAUCACCCUUCUCCAGUAUUAAUAUCUAGAAAUAAAAAAGCUAUAGUGGGGAACUUCGAUACUUCCAACAACCCUUGGAUCUCAUAAAGGGGUCAACAAAAACUUUUUCUGUAAAGGAAAUGUCUUAGGAUUUGUGGGCCAUCCAGUCUGUGUUGUAACUGCUCAGCAUUUUAUUGCAAAAGCAGAUAUAGCUAAUACGGAAGUAGGUGAACAUAGCCGUGUCCUAAUAAAACUUUAUGGAUACUGUAA